AUGUCCAGUUCCAGCGCCACUUCCUACUGCGGCCAACAAUUGAUAGGGGUCUCUAUCGCGAUUGCAGUCAUCCAAAUUCUCGUUGUCGGAGCGCGAUUCUACACCAGAUACUUGCAGCAAACAGCCUACUGGUUAGAUGACUACUUGAUUGUGCUUGCGCUGAUUUCCUGUCUAGGCCAAACCGCUCUUUAUUUGUUUUUGAUUCCAAGGGGAGGGAUAGGAUAUCAUCUGGACUAUGUGGAACAAACGCCGCAGAAGUUGGUAAUACUCGAUAAGGGUCUCUAUGCAAAUGAAAUCCUCGAUUUCCCAUUCACCGUGACCCCGGCCAAGAUCUCGAUUCUUCUCUUCUACACCCGGAUUUUCACCGUGCGCAGCUUUUGCAUCUUUGCAUAUAUUGUUGGAGCAACCGUUCUUGCCCACGGAAUUGGAGUUCUGUUCGCUGCCAUCUUCCAGUGCUCGCCCAUUGCGUACACGUGGGACAAAGCAAUCCCCGGAGGAUCGUGCUUCGAUCAGCAGGCUUUUUAUCGCUACGUGUCACCUCCCAAUAUCCUCACAGAUGUUCUAAUUUUGGUCAUGCCUUUACCAUCCGUGUGGAAACUUCACACCCGAGUAGGGCAGAAGGUCGCACUUACUGGCGUUUUCUUGCUGGGCAGUCUGGGCACUGUUGCGAGCAUUCUUCGGAUGGCGACUUUCUUUCUAGAAAGUGCUACUACAGAUCCCACCUGGGCAUCUGUCGAGCUUGGUAUUUGGACAAUUCUUGAAGGCGGAAUCGUUGUUGUUGCUGCUUGUCUUCCGACUAUCUGGCCUUUGGUCUCCAGAUUCACCUCCGGGGGACUCCUCACUAGCUUCUCUCCGAAGCAAACGCCUCAGCAACAAAACGACGACCAUUGUGGCAAUAAUGCGAGAUCCGGAUUAGUGAAUCUGGGUGACAGCGAAGAAAGAAUUGUCGGCCAGUCGCAAUUUGAGCAGGUUGAAUCUGAUCCAUGGGCAGAAAGUCUGUCGCUCACUGAAAUUAACAGAACCCGAGAGUCAUGA